UUCAUGAAAUUUCUCACCAAAACCGAAAUGGGUAUCAUGCUGAUGAAAACGUAUUUAAAUGUGGAAAUCGACGCGACUCUCAACGAGAAACUAUCCAAUUUGAAAAAAAUCCUCGAAGACCAGACAAAAAUAUACGCGAAAAGAAGAUGGAGAAACCGCGUCGAAAACAUUUGGAUUUAGUUGGCGAUAUGCCGCCUCCCGAUGAUUUUCGUGAAUUGUCGAUUUAUCCUACUCAAGAGGACUUGAAUCGUAAUGAUUUCGGUUUUAUUAGACCGAAUAAAAUCAAAGGAGCUUACGAAGACGUAAAUCAUUACCUAGAUGUACAGUUUCGUCUAAUUAGGGAAGAUUUCAUCGGUCCGUUGCGAAAGGGGUUGCGUAACUUUAAAGACGAUAUUACACUUCGAGGAAAACCGAAAUACAAGUACAAAGUUUUCCUUUUUGAUCCCAACGUUCGCAUGGAAAACAUCGAGAUUACGAAAGAAAAUAAAGUAGCUUACGUUGUGAAUUUCAAUCCGAGCGGUAGGCUGAGAAAUAUCAAAUGGGAAUAUUCCAAAUGGUUCAUGUUCGGUUCAUUAUUGAUAUUCACUCGCGAUAAUUUCAAUAAUUUUUUCUUUGCUACCGUGUACAACAGGGAUUUAGAGAGGCUACAGAAAGGGCGAAUUCUUGUAACGUUGAUUGGAAAUGAAGCGUUAGAGCAAGAGAUGUUGGAUCAACCAUUUCUCAUGGCGGAAUCCGAGGUAUACUUCGAACCGUAUUGUUUGGUUAUGAAGGCUUUGAAAGAAUACAACGAAGAUGAGUUCCCAAUGAAGCAGUUCAUCGUCGAUGGAAAUACCGUUGUAGAUCUUCCCAAAUACGCUAAAACGUUGGAAAACUUUCACGUGUACGAUUAUACGGUCAACCUGGCCGAAAACGAUGGCUGGCCAGAUCAUUCGUCGAUCGGUUUCGACGAACAUCAGUUCAACGCGUUCAAGACUGCGCUUACGAGUAAUUUUACGGUGAUUCAAGGACCUCCCGGAACAGGAAAAACGUAUCUCGGACUAAAGAUUGUCGAAGUGCUUUUGCAGAAUACAGAAAUGAACUGUAUUUUCAGAACACCUAUCUUGCUAGUGUGUUAUACCAACCACGCGUUAGAUCAGUUUCUCGAGGGAAUUCAUAAAUUCACUCAAAGAAUCGUCAGAGUCGGCGGCCAAUCUAAAAGCGAGGUAUUGAAACGAUUCAAUUUACGUGGCAAAGAAAAUUUAAUGUACCUGCGGAAAGAAGCGAGAAAAUUAUAUCCGGCUAUGGAUCAGUGUCGCGACGAAAUGCGAACAUUUUUGGCUCAAUUGAGAAGGAAAACCGAAGAAUUGAAAAUGAUCGAAAUUCCCGAAGGUCUUUUAUCUUUCAAUACAUUGAGCGAUGUAAUGAAUCCGGCAUUUAAACGAGAAAUAUCGAAUGAGAAAAUUCUGAUCGAAUGGUUACUGCCGAAAGACGUCCAUAACGAUUCUUUCACAUUCCAAGACCAUCCCGAAGAAAAGGUUGCCAAGAGUGUUAACGUCGGUGAUUCACCUCCUGAAUCUAUGGAAAUAGACGAAAACGAGGAUGAAACGAUGGAAUCGAGUGUUUUGGUCAACGAAGACGAUGUCUUUGACCUUGACGACCAAGCGAUACACUCGAGUGAUAUUACGUUCGUUAAAUAUUGCGUUUCGAUCGAAAGCUUGAAACAAUCAUUUUCCGAGACUCAAUCGAAAUUAUCGGAUUUGGAAAGCAAUCAACAUAGAAUAUUUGAAGACUAUAGCGAUUAUCACAAUACCAGAAAUCAACUGAUAGACGAGCUGAGUGUCGCCGAACGUCGGUACGUGAUGUUGUGUCAUCAUCUUCAAAACGCUAAACUGGAUUCGUGUACCGAAUAUAACCCACGUCAAGUAUAUUUAUGGGAUAUUCCGAUCAACGAGCGCUGGACCAUUUAUUGGAGCUGGGCAUCGCAAUUGAAGAUGUGUGUUACGCAGCAACUGAAAAAUUUAGAGCAUCAUUAUCGGACAAAGUUUCAACAAUAUGAAGAACUGAAACAACUCGAGGACUAUCACAUCGUUAAACGUUCUAUGGUCGUCGGUAUGACAACUACGUGCGCGGCUCGAUUACAGCUUUUGCUGAAGACUUUGAAACCGGCAAUUGUGAUCGUUGAAGAAGCUGCCGAAGUAUUGGAAGCACACAUUGUUGUAUCGUUGAGCAAAAGUUGCGAACACGUAAUUUUAAUAGGAGAUCACAAACAAUUACAACCCAGUGCGGCUGUAUACGAAUUAUCAAAAAAAUAUAACAUCAACGUCUCCCUAUUUGAACGAAUGAUAAACAACAACAUGUAUUGUCCACAGUUGCAAAUCCAGCACAGAAUGAGGCCGGAAAUAUCGAGCUUGAUAGUACCGUCGAUAUAUCCGAAUUUGAAAAAUCACGAAUCUGUUCUCGAAUAUCCUUCUGUUCAGGGGAUCACCAAAAACUUGUUCUUUGUCGAUCACAACGUUUACGAAGAGCAGGUGGAGAAUUCGUCUUCGAGGAAAAAUAAAUUCGAAGCGGAAUUUAUGAUUGAAUUAUGUCGCUAUCUUCUUCUGCAAGGAUACGCAGCGGAUCAAAUCACAAUCUUAACGACCUACACUGGUCAAAUGUUCCUCUUGAGAGAGAUGAAACGUGAUCACGCCAUAAUGAAGAACAUCAAAGUAAUCGUAGUCGAUAAAUACCAAGGCGAAGAAAACGAUAUAAUUUUGCUAUCGCUCGUACGAAGCAACGAGGAAAGAAAAAUCGGCUUCCUCAGCAUCGAAAAUCGCGUCUGCGUUGCUUUGUCGAGAGCUAAAAUCGGUCUUUACAUAAUAGGUAAUAUGGAGAUAAUGUCGGGUUCCGCUAUAUGGAAGAAUAUCAAAGAAGAGUUGGUUAAACAAGGAGCGAUAGGACAACAGCUGACUUUGUAUUGCGAUAAGCACGAUGUGUAUACGCAAGUAUCGUGCAAGAAAGAUUUCGAUAAAGUUCUGGAAGGUGGUUGUUUCAAUUUUUGUAACGAGCCGAUGGAAUGUGGGCAUAAGUGUACGAUGUUGUGCCAUAAAAUCGACCUGGAGCAUUUGGAGAAGAAAUGUCGUGAGAAGUGUUCGAGGAAAUGCACGGAGAAUCAUCCGUGCAAAAAAUACUGUUUCGAAGAUUGCGGAAAGUGCACAGAACUAAUCGAACGUAUCCUGCCAUGUGAACAUAAAGUCACCUUGCAAUGUUUCAAAGAUUACGAACAAUAUCCCUGUCAAGUGGAAAUCACCGUUACUUUGGAGUCUUGUUCGCACGAGGUGAAGAAAAAAUGUCACCAGUCGAUGGAUGAGGUCAAAUGCACCUUUCCGUGCGAAGAUCGACUAGAAUGUGGACACCAAUGCGUCAGAACUUGUCAUAAAACUGAUGAUCCUGAUCACUUGGAAUUUAAAUGUCACAAACCUUGCGAUAAACUGAACCGCGGAUGCUCCAGGCAACAUAAAUGCGAAAAACUAUGUUUCCAAGAAUGCGGAAAAUGUAGAAAAUACGUCGAGUUCAAGUUGAAAUGCGGCCACCCAAUCGAUCUUCACUGCUCGGCCAAUCCCGAUAAUGUGAAAUGUUUCAUACGAUGCGGCAGAAAAUGCGCCGAAUGCAAUUACAUCUGCCGCAAGAAAUGCUACGAAGAUUGCAAACCGUGCAUGAAUAAAGUAAUGAAACGUGUACCAGAUUGUGGUCAUGAGAUAAGGGUGGAAUGUUCGGUUGUCGUCGAGAAAAAAUUAUGCCAGAAGAAGUGUCGACGUAUCGCACCUUGUGGGCAUAAAUGUACGUUAACUUGCGGAGAAACCUGCAGUAGCGAUUCGUGUAAAGAAAUGGUGAAGUCUAAUUGCGUUCAAGCGCUCUGUGGUCAUGGCUACGUCGAUGUUCCGUGUAGGAUGAAAAACGAAGUGAUCGAUGCGGAGAAAUUGCUACCUUACUGCACCGAACCUUGUGUCACAGUCUUGAAAUGUGGCGAUCUUUGUUCUGGAACCUGCGGCUCAUGUUGGCAAGGUCGUUUGCACAAAACAUGCGGCGAAAAAUGUGGCAACGUAUUGGUUUGCGGUCAUAGCUGUAAAUCACCUUGUCGACAAGUUUGUCCACCGUGUGACCAAAAAUGUGAAUAUGCCUGCAAACACUCGAGAUGCUCGAGAAAUUGCGGAGUUCCUUGCGUUCAUUGUACAGAAAAAUGCGAAUGGAAAUGCAAGCAUUCAAAAUGUUCGAAAAAAUGCGGCCAAUUUUGCGAUCGGGAUCCGUGUUACGCACCGUGUACCGAAAAAUUGGAAUGUGGUCACGACUGCAUCGGUUUUUGCGGCGAGCCUUGCCCAAAGGCAUGUCGUAUUUGUGAUAAGGAUGAAGUUACCGAUAUCUUUUUCGGUUAUGAAGACCUAGAAGAUGCGAGGUUUGUUUUGCUGGAAGAUUGCGGACACUAUUUUGAAUCCGAAGGUAUGGAUACAUUUAUAUCUCAAACCGAUGAGAAAGGCGAAAUAGUCAUGAAAAUGUGUCCUAAAUGUAAAACACCGAUCGCGAAAACUCUUCGGUAUAUGAACCAAGUGAAAAAAGUUUAUCGAGAUGUACAAAACGUUAAAAAGAAAAUAUACGGUAAUGAACAAGAUAUGAAGGAAAUUCGCGGAGAUUUAAUGCAGAAGCUGCGGGAUUUGGAUUCGAAGAAAAAUCAUAGUUUGUUAAAACAAGAAUUGCAGUUGAUUCCUAAAACGACGAUCGCGUUCAUGAAACAUCUUCAGGUUCGUGGAAAACAAUCCCAUAUACCGAUUCAAGCGCUGAAAGCGAUGAAGUAUUUCGCUGAAAUGUUUUCGAGUAUCAUUUCUCGUUUGACAGACUUGAGCGGAUGUGGCGAAAUUGAACAGUCGCGUAUCCUUAAAAGGCUAGAAUUCGUGUUAAGACGUCUGAAUCCGGCGACUCUAUUGAUAAACGAGCAGCGAGUCGAUGACAUUCAUCGAGAAUUGAAUAGGUAUCACCGAAUGGUAGAUCACAGCGUAUGUUUAAACAAACCGGAAUAUCUCAGCAACAAGAACUCGCCGAAUGUGAUCGCCGUUAACGAUGAAAUCGUCGCUGUUCUGUACGGGAUAAAACGCUACGACGACGAGCAAGAUGCUCAAAUCGGAGAAUUGUUUGAAAAACUUCAGAAAGAGUUGAAAAGUGUCCAACCCUUGUCGCAAGAAGAGAAACGAAUGAUUCACAAGGCAAUGACCGAAUCCUUUUUCGGCGGUAUGAACAAGCAGGGACACUGGUUCAAGUGUUCGAAAGGGCAUAUUUAUUGUAUUACCGAAUGCGGUGGAGCGAUGGAAGAAAGCCAUUGUCCAGAGUGUGGCGAAAAAAUCGGUGGAAGAGAUCAUCGGUAUGUGGAAACUGCAAGGCUAGCUUCUGAUAUGGAUGGAGCUACCAUACCUGCGUGGUCUAGCGGUGUCGAUAUGAGGAAUUUCGAUCUUCAGUAAUUUCAUGUUUUCAAAUAUUCGUCAUUCGGUGAUGGUGUUUUUUUUAUAACGAACCGAUGGAAUUUGGACUUUAUUGGUUCGUUUUUUUAUUUUUUAAACAAAAUUUUAGUUUUGUAUAAUGAACUUUAAAUAACCGAAAUGCAAACGUGCAGAAUAUUUCUUGGUUACCUACGUAUUUUUAAUCAUUAUUUACUAACUUUUGUGAUACUUUUAUAUCUUGAAAUGAAAAAAGCACCUUACUUAAUUUUUAAUUCGUAGGUAUCUACUCUACUAGCUUAUCUUUCGUUUUUCGGUUACGUAGGUAGAUACGCUAAAUUCUACGCUGAAAUGUAUCAGAGCUUCGGAGACGUAGCUCAGCUCAUUCGUUAUUUUUACUCCAAAUUUAUAAAUUUACCAAAUUUAAUUUUUUUUCUCGUUUGUGAGUUUACCUUGAUUCAAGUUCUAUAACUUUUUAUACUACCCUUUAACAUGUUCGUUCGUUUAUUUUACUACCUACUUCGUUAACUUUUACUCCUAUUUUAUAAGUUACCCAAUAACUUUUUAUACCUAUAUUAUCCUUUUAUAUGCUCGUUCGUUUAUUUUCGCUCCUAAUUUAUAAGUUUACCAACUUCAAUUUUUUUCUCGUUUGUGAAUUUGUGAAUUUACUGUGUUUCAAGUUUUAUAACCUUUUAUACUAUUCCUUUACAUGUUCUUUCGUUCAUUUUACUACAUUAAAUAUUAGUUUGUUAUUAUUAUCAGUAGUCUAUAGGUACCCAUUGUUCAUUACAUAACUUUUUUUUUAUGUUUACGAAUGAGUUAUGAAUGAUUCAUGGAUAUCAGUUAUUUUAUAUCUACUCGAAAAUAUUUUUUUACUUAAUUACUUGAUUGAAAUAAUUGAGAAAGAAAUACACUUUACAAAAUUGAAUGAAACAUAUGCCAAAUCUCAAAUUCUUUUCCGGUGAGGAAACGUGCUUAUUCGGUUAUUUGUUCCAUUACUCCAAAAUUCGCCAAAAUGUUGAAUGA